AUACUCCUCCUCCACUGAAACCAGCAGCAGGUGGAUGAUAAGUGCACCAGGAAACGCGGUGUUUGAGACAAAGCUUUGGCUUAGGGCAAUAUAGCACCUUUUUUCAUUGCAGUUGAGGGUGUGUACCUGCGAUUUUAUGGUCACCCAGUCCAAAGACCAGCCAAUGUGGUGCGGGAGCUAACAAAUCUGUCCGAUAAUGGAAAGUUAACUAUAGCCAGCUGUGGAUUAUAAAUGCUCAAGGGACUUCUAUUAUUCUUUCUGUCACAAGCUAUAGUGUGACAUCGUGUUUUGUUUGUUUAGUUUGGUUUAAUAUUUUAGUUUUUGGAGAGAUCUUUACAAUGGAAAUACGAGAAAGGAUUUUGUUUUGCUGCCAGGCGACCUUUCCAUGUUUUGAUAAACAAACCUCAAACACUAACAACUCAAUAAAAAAGAAAGAAAUCGUGAUAAUUAAAAAUGAUAAUGCGAUGGAACACAACACUCGAGUUUUGCCACCAAUACCCCCGGAAAGACCGGCGUAUAUUUAUAUUGCUCUCUACGACUACACCGCUCGAACGGAGGAGGACAUAAGUUGCAAUGCCGGAGACAAGUUGGAAGUGUUGGACAAGAGUGCUGGAGAUUGGUGGUACGCUAAAGCGCUCACCGGGAUUUCAGCUGACAAGAAAGGUUACCUUCCUGCUAAUUAUGUGGCACCGGUGGAAAGUCUUGAUGCUGAGCCAUGGUAUUUUGCUGACACUAAGAGACUUGAUGCAGAAAAGCUAUUGUUGGCAGAGGGUAACAGCCAUGGGUCAUUCCUCAUUAGACAAUGUGAGAGCCAGAUGGGGGAAUUGUCACUUUCAGUGUUGGACAAGGGUAAGGUGAAGCACUAUAAACUGAAAAGAUCGGACAACGGUACCUACUUUGUGUCGAGGAUCAGAAACUUUGUAACUCUGAGAGAGUUGGUUGAACAUUACUCAAAGCAUGAGGAUGGUCUUUGUGUGCGACUAGGCGAACCAUGUAAAAAGAGUGUGGCGCCCCAGACCCAUGGCUUGUCCUACAACACUGCUGACCACUGGGAGAUCGAACGCAGCUCUGUAAGACUGUUGAAUAAACUCGGAGCCGGCCAGUUUGGAGAAGUCUUCGAAGGCGUAUGGAACGACACCACAUCAGUCGCAGUAAAGACCCUCAAACCAGGCUCCAUGGAUCCUAAGGACUUCCUCAGAGAGGCCCAGAUUAUGAAGAAGCUCCGACAUCCUAAAUUGAUCCAGCUGUAUGCUGUAUGUACGGUGGCCGAGCCCAUCUACAUCAUCACUGAACUGAUGAGUAACGGCAGCUUGCUGGAGUACCUGCAGAAGGACAAGGGUACGAAGCUGCGGAUUUCUGACCAGAUAGAGAUGGCCGCCCAGGUGGCUGCUGGGAUGGCCUACCUGGAGCUGCAGAACUACAUCCACAGAGACCUGGCGGCCAGGAACGUCCUUGUGGGUGAAAACAACAUCUGCAAGGUGGCAGACUUCGGCCUUGCCAGGGUCUUCAUGGACCAGAGUGACGAGAAUGUGUAUGAAGCCAGUGAGGGCACCAAGUUCCCUGUGAAGUGGACCGCACCAGAAGCCAUCCACGGAAACAAGUUCACUAUCAAGUCGGAUAUCUGGUCCUUCGGCAUCUUGCUGUAUGAGAUAAUGACCUUUGGACAGAUGCCUUACCCAACCAUGACCAACUAUCAGGUGGUCCAGAGGCUUCCCACAGGGUACAGGAUGACUUGCCCACCGCACUGUCCCAAGGUGAUGUACGAGAUCAUGGUGGACUGCUGGAAGGAGAAUGAAAUGGACCGGCCCACCUUUGAGACCCUCCAGUGGAAGCUGGAAGACUUCUUUGACCUGGACGUGAGUUCCUAUGACGAUGCCAACCGUUACUAGGACAACACAGUAGGCCAUGAUGCUCUGUCCACGCCUGUAAAUGUUCAAGCUCAAGAUGUGGAGUUAUUCCAACAAUGACAAAGUUUUACAUUUAUAGUUGUUUGUACACAGCAUAUAAUGGCAUUCAUUUUUGUGUCAUUUAAUGUUUUGAGGGUCUAUUUAUAAGAAUUCUAGCAGGUGAGCAAACACAAUUUUCUAGGGAGUUGUUGUCCAAGAAAUGGAAAAUGAUUUGUUUCAAAAUUCAGGUGUAAACAAACCCUCUAGAUUGACCAGAGCAUAUAUACAAGAUGACUAGUAUAUUCAGAAACCACUGUUAUACAGUCAUCAAAAGACUGUAUGGAGAAACUGGGGAAUCUUUCCGACCAGUGUAAGUAGUUUCUGACACUCCCUAGUCCUGCUUUGUUAGUUAACUAAAUGCACUUUGUAAAGGGGGUUAUGCUGGGCAGCAGCUGAAACCUGUCUGCCUCUGGCACAUCCCACUUAACAGCCGCUCUCAGAUAAGCUGUGAAACAAGCCCUCCAGUCGAUGAACCGGUUUGGUGACACAGCAUAACGGACAUACUUCCACAGUACUCACAGCCACUUGUGAGCAUGAGCCAAGUUGUGUUCAUAUGGAAUCUCUAUAAGUUAGUUUUGUUCAUGUCCCAAGUGCCACACACCCGACCAAUACAACACGUGGGUUAGAUAUGUUGUUAGAUGUGUUGACCGUGACACCAGUCGGUGACACUUUUCUGGUGAUCAGAUCUUGUUGUGCCCUAACCUCUGUGGUACACGCCUCAGCAGUUAUGCGGUUCUGAUGUCAUGGAAGUAAAGAACAGGACAGACAGCAUGUCUGCCCGUCACACUAGUCUGUUCCUUUACCUUGAUUGAAUGUUGGAUGGCAGCUGUAGAAUGUUGGAAUGUGACGUCCUCCUUCCUUUCUGUAUGAUGAAGCUCUUGUAUAGUCCUCUGACUGAUGAUACAUUUCUCACUGGACUGGCAAGAGCACAAUUUUAGUUAAGCGGGGGGUGAAGAUGAUGACAAUGUUGAUGACAAUGAGGACGACAAUGAGGACGAUAUGGGCUUAUCAUUCCGUGUUUUCCAAUGUUAAAGUGUCUGUAAAUUUUUCUACAGGAAGUGUUAAAUUGAUUACAUUAUCCACAUGAGUGUGAGAUUGUCUUCUUUAAUGCAUAUAAAUGAUUCAAAAACAAUUUUCGUUAUUUUAUUUGUUGGAUUUUAAUUAUUGAUGUAUUACGAGCCUUGUUGCAUAAGUGUCUUUACUGGGAUUGCCAAUGCCAAAUGCUACCUAAAACCUUUUUACAGUUUAAUAAUGUUAUAAUUAUUCAUCAUAAUAACAGACCUGGAUUGGUCAAUGUGGCCAAUUUAUUGUGACGUUUUCUCUAUUCCAAUAAAGUACAUCGCCACAUGGUGGUGCUCACGUUC